AUGCCUUUCGAAGCUCGAGUCAAGCAGGUUCUUUCUGGAGAUACCAUUGUUUUGGGUCAUGUCACCAACAAAGGACAAGAGCGUACAUUAAGCUUGGCAUAUGUGUCUGCUCCGCGCCUGAGGAGAGAAGGAGAUGAGCCAUUUGCUUUCCUCUCCCGUGAAUUCCUUCGUGAGCUCCUUGUCGGCAAGGUGGUGCAAUUCCAGGUCCUCUACGCUGUCCCCACUGGUCGUGAAUAUGGAACUGUCAAACUUCCUGGCACUGAGGCCUCUCUCCCAGAACUGGCUGUUCAGGAAGGAUGGGCUCGUGUUCGAGAAGAAGCUGGCAAGCGCGGCGACGAAUCCGAGGACUCGCUUACUCUGCUGAGCCACCUGAGAGCAUUGGAGGGUCAAGCCAGAGAUCAUAAUAAGGGUGUUUGGGGUAAUGACCCAAGGGGAUCUCUUGACACAGAAUACGUGAUCGAAGACGUAAAGUCGUUGGUAGAGCAAUAUAAGGGUCGCCAAUUGGAUGCUGUCGUGGAACGAGUGUUGAAUGGUGACAGAUUGCUGAUGCGACUCUUCCUUGAGCCUACCCGCCAUCUACACACCAUUAUCGCUGUCGCUGGUAUUCGCGCACCUUCUGCUCCCCGCACAGCUGCAGACGGAACCCAACAGCAAGGUGAACCUCUCGGUUCUGAGGCACAACAAUUCGUCGAAGCGAGACUUUUGCAGCGAAAGGUCAAAAGUCAAUUGCUCGGAGCAACUCCUCAGGGACAACUUAUCGGCACCGUGCUACACCCUAACGGCAACAUCGCCAAAUACCUACUGGAAGCUGGUCUAGCUCGCUGCUUCGAUCAUCACUCUACUCUACUGGGCGCGGAAAUGGCCACUUUCCGUCAAGCCGAGAAAACGGCCAAGGAUAAGAAGCUUGGACUGUUUACUGGUCACGUUGCUGCUAAGGGCCCUGCUGGCGCGGCUGAUAGGGACUAUAUCGUGGGUCGCGUGCUGAAUGCCGAUACCAUCUUUUUGAGGAACAAAGCCGGCGCAGAAAAGAAAAUCAGUCUUAGCAGCAUUAGACAGCCCAAGCCUUCUGACCCUGCCCAAGCGCCGUAUGCCGCCGAAGCCAAGGAAUAUCUACGCAAAAAGGUCAUUGGAAAACAUGUCAAGGUCACCAUUGACGGCAAAAAGCCAGCUACUGAGGGCUAUGAAGAGCGUGAGGUUGCUACAGUUGUGCAGGGCAAUACUAAUCUCGCUCUAUACCUGGUUGAGGCUGGUUAUGCUUCGGUUAUUCGCCACAGACAUGACGAUGAGGAUCGCUCAUCACAAUACGACGCUCUCCUCGCUGCGGAAGAAGCAGCCAAGAGCGAACAGAAAGGAAUGUGGUCGAACAAGCCCCCUAAGACUAAGCAAUAUCAGGAUUACUCGGAGAACGUCCAGAAAGCGAAGAUGGAAGUGUCUAUCUUGCAGAGACAAAAGAGGGUCCCUGCUAUUGUCGACUUUGUGAAGUCCGCUUCUCGAUUUACUGUUCUUGUGCCACGUGAAAACGCCAAAUUGACCUUUGUCCUCUCUGGAAUCCGGGCGCCCAAGUCUGCACGCGGUCCUGAUGACACAGCCGAGCCAUUCGGAAACGAGGCCCACGAGUUUGCUAACAAAAGGGUCCUGCAACGUGAUGUGGAGAUUGACGUCGAGAAUAUUGACAAAGUUGGAGGUUUCAUUGGUGUCUUGUAUGUCAACAGGGAGAACUUUGCCAAGCUUCUGGUUGAGGAGGGUCUCGCUACUGUGCAUGCUUACUCGGCUGAGCAAUCGGGUCAUGGUCCAGAGCUGUUCGCUGCGGAGAAGAAGGCGAAGGAGGCGAGAAAAGGCAUUUGGCACGAUUGGGAUCCCAGCAAGGACGUUGAGGAAGAGGAAGAACUGGCCGGUAACGGUGCCGCUGAGGAUAAUGGAGAAACCGUCACUGAGCGACGCAAAGAUUAUCGUGAUGUUAUGGUGACUCACAUCGACCCAACCACUGCAAAAUUGAAGGUGCAACAGAUUGGAAGUGGUACAUCGGCUUUGACUGAACUCAUGAACUCGUUCCGUUCGUUCCACUUGAGCAAGGCCAACGAGACGCCACUUCCUGGUCCUCCCAAGGCUGGUGACUUUGUUGCUGCGCAGUUCUCUGAAGAUAACGAGUGGUAUCGCGCCAAGAUCCGCAGAAACGACCGAGAGAAGAAGACAGCAGAAGUGUUGUACGUUGACUACGGCAACUCCGAGGUCAUUCCAUGGACUCGAUUGCGACCGCUUACACAGCAAUUCUCGGUUCAGAAGCUGAAGCCCCAGGCUGCAGAUGCCACAUUGUCUCUGCUCCAGUUCCCAGUGUCGCCUGAGUAUCUCGCCGAUGCCGUGCAAUUCAUUGGCGAGCAGACCUUUGACCGUGAGCUCGUGGCUAAUGUUGAUUAUGUAUCUCCUGAGGGGACGCUUUUCGUUACUCUCUUGGAUCCACGCUCGUCGGAGAAUCUGGAGCAGAGCAUUAAUGCCGAAAUCCUCCGCGAAGGUCUAGCUAUGGUGCCUCGCAAGCUCAAGGCGUGGGAGCGAGCAGCUGCCGAUACAUUGGCUCACUACAAGAAGGUGGAAGAGGAAGCCAAGCAGAACCGCCGAGGCAUGUGGGAGUAUGGUGAUUUGACGGAGGACUAAACAUGGUUGGAUCGAAGAGACAUCCGGUGUUUUAAAAAUGAUAGUCUUCCUAGCUGUGUAAAUAUUGAAAUGACGACACUUGGUCACUUUGCAGACAGCAAGCUGGUCCGCAUUGCAUAUCGUAGCUAGUCAUAUUACCUGCAAUCAGCUUAAAUUAACAAAUGAACUGCG